AUGACGGCGACACCGGUAGAGCCAGCCGCGCUGGCUGAGCUCACGGCAGCUAAGCAGUUGGGAAUGGACCAGGCGGCGGUGAAGGAGACGGUGAAGGAAUACUAUGGGGAGACACUCAAGGGUACAGGCGACCUGCGCACCUCCGCAUGCACAGCCUGCAAGGCACCUCCGCCUGCCGUACGUGCCGCGCUGGGAGCUGUGCCCAGCGAGAUCAAGGACAAGUUCUACGGCUGCGGCAACCCCAUCCCCACCGGCAUUGAGGGACUGCGGGUGCUGGACCUGGGCUGUGGCUCCGGGCGGGACUGCUACGUGGCGGCAAAGCUGGUGGGAGAGAAGGGCACCGUGACGGAUAUGACCAUCCACAUGUCCGAUAGCGUGGACAUGACGCCCCCACAACUGGAUGUGGCCCGGGCGCACUGCAAGAGCUAUUGCUGCGAGACCCUGGGCUACGGCCAGCCGAACAUGCAGUUCGUGCAGGGGGAGAUCGAGUACCUGGACCGGGCAGGCAUUGAGGACGAGAGCGUGGACCUUAUCAUCUCCAACUGCGUGAUCAACCUGUCUCCGGAUAAGGCCCGGGUGCUUUCGGAGUCAUACCGCGUGCUGGCGCCCGGAGGCGAGAUGCACUUCUCUGACGUGUACUGCGACCGGCGGCUGCCCGCCGCCAUACGAACCCACCCCGUCUUGCUUGGGGAGUGCCUGGCGGGGGCGUUGUACGUCAACGACUUCAUCCGGCUGUGCAGGAAGGUUGGCUUCACGGAUCCUCGGCAGCUGGAGUGUGAGGAGAUUACCUUACAUGACCCCGAGCUCAGGGACUUGGUCGGCGAGGCGCGCUUCUACAGCAUCACGUACAGGAAAAUUUUCGGGGAGGGCCCCGAAAGGUUACUCAGAGGGUUUCGGACACGGCCGAAAUUUUUGGGAACCCUGGUGGCCGUCUACAAGGGCACCCUCCCGGGCUGCCCGCAUGCCUACGACCUGGACGACCAUCACCGGCCCCCUGGCCUGCGGUUUAAAUUUGUUUCAUUCAUUACGGUUCCGUCCUCGCUCCUGCCCUGCCCUGCCCCAUUGCUAUGUCGGCCUCCGCCUCCAAGUUUCGUCACCAACAAGCCGAUGUUGGUGUGCGGCAACACCGCCUCCAUGGUCGGGGAGACCUGGCUGCGACCCCACUUCACGGUCAUUGGCGACCGGGCGGUGCACUUCGGGCAGUUCGACUGCAGCGGCCCCAAGGUGACGGCAGCCUCGCCAGCCACCAGCGGGUUGACAGGCGCCUGCGCGGGCGGGGCCUGCUGCUGA